AUGAGGGGGUUGAAAAAAAUUGGCUGUUUUUUGUUUGAAAAUAGCACCCUGCCCACAAUCAACACGUUCAUAAUUCUGGACAUUAUUUUAAGGAUAUUAAAAAUUCGAGGGAAUAAAAAAAAAAGAGAGAAAACAAAAAAGAACUAUAAAAAAAAGAAAUUGAAAAGGGCUUUAUUAUUAACAAAUAAAACAUUAAUAGAUUUAUUUCCACCCGAUUUUGAUUUCAUAUUAAACUUUUUAAAUAAUUCUUUAGAUAGAAAAGAUAAAGAUAAUGAUAAAGAUAAUGAUAACAAUAAUGAUAACCAUAUUGAUAACAAUAAUGAUAAUAAUAAUGAGAAUAUUUGGACGGUGAAUAAAAUAAAGAAUUAUAAAAAUUUAUAUAGAAAUUUUAAAGAUGAUAAAAAAUAUAAUAUAAAAAAUAAUAAUCAAAAUGAAGAGAAAAAUUCAUUAUACAUAAAUAAUAAUCAUAUAUGUGAUGAUAUAUAUAAUCAACAUAUUUAUAAUUUAAAAAAUGAAAAACAAACAAAUGAUACAUUUGAUAACCUUCAUAUAACUAUUGAGAUGUUAAAAGAUAUUUUAAAUUUUAUUCAUAUAAAAUAUAUUGAUAAAGAAAAUUAUUUAAUAAAUUUACUAUAUAAAUUAAAUCAAAACAAAAAAUAUAAUAUUAUAGUAAUAAAUAUAAGUUUCUUUUUUAUUAAAGAUGAUAAAAAAAUUAAAAUAUUUUUAGAUUAUAUAUUAUCAUCUGCUUAUAAAAAUGUCACAAAAGAACUUACUAUGAAAAACAAAGAUAAAAAUAAUUAUGAUCAUAAAAAUGAAUUCUUGUCUAAUUCUAAUAAUAUUAUAUAUUCUAAUAUCGAAGCUGAAAUGUGUGAUCGUCCUUUUUAUAAAAAUAUUUUAAAUAUUUAUUUUCACUAUUCAUAUUUUAUUAAUUUCUUUGAAUACCUCAACAGUGUGUCUCAUCUUUCCUUAACAAGUCAUAAUAUUAAAACAAUAAAGAAAAAGAAAAAAAAAAAAAAAAAGACAAACAAUAAUAAUGAUAAUGAUAAUAAUAAUUAUGAUAAUAAUUAUAAUAAUAAUAAUAAUUAUGAUAAUAAUUAUAAUAAUAUAUCCCAAUCUUCUAAUAAAUGUAAUAUCAUUUCUUAUCAUCAUCAUAAUCAAAAGGAUGAUCAAAUAAAUAAUUUUGUAGAAAAGAAAAAUAAAAGAAGUUAUUUUACUUAUUUGUUGAACCAAAAUCAUAGUGCUAAUUUACACAGCACACACACAACGCAUGAUAAAAAAAAAAUUAAAUUGGAACAAGAAGAAAAAUAUGAAUAUAAUGAAUAUAACGAAAACAAUAAUAAUAUGAAUGAUCAUAAUCAAAAUAUUAGUUCUUAUAAUAAUAUUUUCCAAAGUAAUAACAUUCCUAAUAAUAAUGAAUUAUCUAAUCUUAUAUCACCACAACAAAAAGAAGAGAACAUCUUAUCAAAUCAAUUAAAAUCACAUAAACAAAUAGAUGUUACAGAAAUACAUAUAGAAGACGAAUCUACCAAAGGUUGCUUAUCCAUGCAUUCCAUAAAAUUAAAAAAAAAUAAAAAUAAAAUAAGAACUAAAUUAUACUUGUUUGAUAUGAUUCCUAAAUCUAAUAUUUAUAAAAAAAUGUAUAUGGAUAUUAUAUUAAUGAAUUUUAAUCACUUGUAUGUUAUAUCUAGGAACAUAUAA